UCGUUGAUUAAUUCAUUACCAUGUUUGAAAACCCAGAAUCUAAAUUAGUUGGAAAACGAGAGAAGAAUGGGAGAAUGGAGCAGCAGGGUUAUCCCUAUAGUGAGAGGCCUCUGUUUGCUUUAUGUUACCCACAAAUAUCUCGGCACUACCGUUGUUACUUAUGGUCCUAGCAUGCUUCCAACCUUGGGCAUAACAGGCAAUGUGUUGUUGAUGGAGCGCAUUUCGACCCGAACUGGAAAACUUCGACCUGGUGACGUGGUCUUCUUUCGGUCGCCUGAGAAUCCUAGGAGGGUUGUCUGCAAACGGCUGGUGGGAAUGGAAGGUGAUCAAGUCACCUACGUCGUCGACCCCAAAAACAGUGAUAAAUGCAAUACUAUUGUGGUUCAAAAAGGGCAUGUUUGGGUAGAAGGAGAUAACAUAUAUAACACAAAGGAUUCGAGGAAUUUCGGAGCUGUUCCUUAUGGUCUUGUGGAAGGCAAAGCUUUUUGGACGUUAUUGCCUCGUAAAGAUUUCGGAUCCUUGGCACCUAAACCCAAGUAGUCAUUAUUGGAGAUGGAGAGGACUUCUGUGCACAAGACAUGUUUGUCAGAAUGUCUCACAGGGUUGAAGAUGUACGUUUUAAGCUACAAUCUUAAUUUCUUUGGCAGUCUUGGUCCCUGGUGAUUUUAUGAAGUGAAUGAUUUUUCCUUGUUUUGGCAAUCAAAAUGAACAGAGGAUGAGGAAAGAAGGAAAGAGAAGAAGCUGAUUGAUUUAUAAAAUCUAUAAAAGACCCUUUACUAGCUUA